CCUCCGCCAGGGGCCGUUAAAGGACUGCGAUGUGAUUUCGCCGGAGGAUUUUCUUGCUCCUCCGAUCCGUGCGGUUGUGUCGGUCGGUCGAGCGAGGAGGAGGAGGAGGAAGGAGCGAGGGAGGAAGGAGGAGGGGGAUCUCAGCGCUCGCCCAUCUCUCCGCGUCUCGGGAAGGAAGGGAUGGCGGCGGUCAAGCCGGCGCUGGCCGGCUGCCUGCUCCUGCUGCUCUGCGUCUCGGCCCUGGACGGCCGUCCGGCCAACAUCUCGGCCGUGAGGAGGGAGAGGGAGAAGGUCGACGUCAGGAGGGACGAGAACGAGAUCCUGCCCAAGGAACACCUGAACGGGGUCAAGAUGGAGCUGGACGGUCACCUGAACCAGGGCUUCUACCAGGAGGUCUUCCUGGGCAAAGAGAUGGAGGAGUUCGAGGAGGAUUCGGAGCCCCUGAAAAACAGGAGAAAGUUGAUUGAAAUAUUCUCCAAGGUCGAUGCCAAUUUGGACAAGAAGGUCAGCGCGAGUGAGAUGCAGCGCUGGAUCAUGCAGAAGACUGAAGAACAUUUCCAACAGGCCAUCGACGAGAAUAAACUGCAUUUUAAAGCUGUGGAUCCCGAUGGCGAUGGUCACGUCUCCUGGGAUGAAUAUCGCGUCAAGUUUCUGGCCAGCAAGGGCUUCAAUGAAGGCGAGGUGUCGGAGAAGAUCAAAAACAACAAAGAACUGAAGAUUGAUGAAGAAACUCAGGAAGUGCUGGAUAACCUGAAGGAUCGCUGGUUUCAGGCCGAUGAACCCCCAGCAGAUCAGCUUCUGGACGAAGACGAGUUCCUGGCUUUCCUGCACCCGGAACACAGCCGAGGGAUGCUCAAGUUCAUGGUCAAGGAAAUUAUUCGUGAUCUAGAUCAAGAUGGAGACAAGAAGCUGACUCUGCCCGAGUUCAUCUCAUUGCCCGUCGGCACCGUGGAAAACCAAGAGGCCCAGAACAUCGAUGACGAUUGGGUCAGGGAGCGGAAGAAGGAAUUUGAGCAGGUCAUUGAUGCUAAUCAAGACGGCAUUGUCACAGUGGAAGAACUGGAGGAGUACAUGGACCCUAUGAAUGAAUACAACGCCUUGAAUGAGGCCAAACAGAUGAUUGCUGUUGCUGAUGAAAAUCAGGAUCACUAUCUCCAGCUGGAAGAGAUUCUCAAGUACAGCGAGUACUUUACAGGCAGUAAACUGAUGGAUUAUGCCCGGAAUGUACACGAGGAAUUCUAAAGAGCGACGGUGUCAGAGUUCCGCGAAUCUCUUAAGACG